AUGUCGGACGAACCUCGCAAACGAUCUCGUUUCGAUCAGACCGAGUCUGAUGCGCGCCCCUCCCGCUUCGACCGUCGCUCGCGCUCGCCUAGGAACAGAAACUCGGAGCCUCGCCAACGUACUCGUAGUCCUGUCUCUGCCACCAACAGCCCUGCCCCGAGAGAUCCUGCUGCUGCCGCUGCUGCAGCCGCCGCAAAGAUCAAUGCACAAAUCCAGGCUCGCAAGGGUGUUCAGCACAUCGACGUUCCUCCAAUUCGUUCUACCGAAAGCCCUUCUGCUGGUGGAGCACAGUCUCCCGGCGCCGCUGGCCUGAAUGCCGACAUCUACACCCAAGAUGGUGAUUUCAUUCGCGACAUCGAAGUCAACGAUCUGCGCAACCGCUACACCCUUACCAAGGGCUCUACUCAGAAAAUGAUCAAAGAAAAGACUGGCGCCGAUGUUACCACUAGAGGAAGCUACUACCCUGACAAGGCUAUGGCCACCGCUGCCAAUCCUCCCCUCUACCUUCACGUUACCAGCACCACAAGAGAUGGCCUUGAGAAGGCAGUCGCUGAGAUCGACGAGCUUAUGAAGCAGGACCUGCCCAACCUUGUAGACGAAAGACGCUUCCGCCGCAGAGAACCAGAGCAGGUCGAGAGAGAUUCUAUGGGUCGUCGUAAGUGGCCCGAGGAGAAGAUUCCCGUGGACCUCGAACCUAUCGUUGGUUUCAACCUUCGUGCUCAAGUGGUAGGUCAAGGUGGUUCCUACGUCAAGCACAUUCAGCAGGAAACCCGAUGCCGUGUUCAAAUCAAGGGCCGUGGAUCUGGUUUCAUGGAGCACGACACCGGAGCCGAGAGCGACGAGUCCAUGUAUCUGCACGUUGCCGGCCCUGAUCCCAACGAGGUACUGCGCGCCAAAGAGCUCUGUCUUGAUCUCUUAGCCAACGUCCGCACUCAGUACGAGCAGUUCAAAGAAAGGGGCCCACGCAGAAAUGUUGAUCGCGGGGAUGACCACCGUCAUGGAGAUCGUGGCGGCUAUGACCGCGAUCGCAAUAACAGCUACAACGGGGGAUAUGGAGGCGGAAGAGAUGGUGGUAGAGACGCCAGAGAUGGAGGUUAUGGACAGGAUCGCUACAACGGAAGUUACGGACAGGAUCCUCACGCCGCAUCUGCGAUGAGUCCCGCAGCCGCGGGCACACCCGACUAUGCCCAAGCGUACGCUCAAUACUACCAACAGAACGGCCAGGACCCAUACGCCGCGUACGGAGGCUACGAGGCCUACACAAGAAUGUACUGGCAGUACUAUCAGCAACAGCAGGCCGGUGUCCCUGGCGCAGAACAGACUCCUGGCUACGAGACCGGCGCUGCUCAACCCCCUCCACCACCUCCCACAGACGAUGCCCCUCCUCCACCUGGCGCAAGUGGUUACAACGCGGUCCCGCCUCCUCCCGGUAUGUGA